CCUCCCCCUCCCAUCGACGGCGAGAGCGAGCUCAUCUCGACGACACACCGGAAGCGAGAGCGGAAGCGGAAGGCAGUUUUCGAGGGCGAUGGAUCGGUACCAGAGGGUGGAGAAGCCGCGGGAGGAGGCGGCCAUCGGCGCCAACGAGAUCCGCAUCACCGCGCAGGGCCGCACCCGCAACUACAUCACCUACGCACUCGCGCUGCUCCAGGACAAUGCAACGGAUGAAAUUGUUAUCAAAGCUAUGGGAAGGGCAAUCAACAAAACGGUUGCCAUUGUGGAGCUUCUUAAGAGAAGGAUUGUCGGCCUUCAUCAGAAUACAUCUAUUGAAUCAAUUGACAUAACUGACACUUGGGAACCAUUAGAAGAAGGGCUCAAUACUCUUGAGACUACCCGCCAUGUUUCAUUGAUUACUAUUACAUUGUCGAAGAAGGAGCUGGAUACAUCAUCUCCAGGUUACCAGCCACCGAUACCAGCUGAUCAGGUAAGGCCACCAACUGAUUUUGAUCAGGAGGCAGAGGCCGUGCCAAGUGGUCGUGGAAGAGGACGUGGGCGCCGUGGAAGGGGCAGGGGAAGAGGGUUCAGCAAUGAAGAGUAUGAUGAUGAACAUGGAGAAUCAGAAGCCCCACAGGGAUAUCGUGGCAGAGGACGAGGAAGGGGUAGGCGUGGAUCCUUUGGACCUGGCAGGGGUUAUGCAAUGGAAGAGGCUGGUGGAUAUGAAGAUGGGGAGCCUAAUGCGCCUCCUGCACAAGGACAUGAAGGUGGCAGAGGAAGGGGUCGUGGCCGAGGCCGUGGACGUGGCCGUGGUGGAGGCCGUGGACGUGGACCUCCUCCUCCUCAAGAGUAGAUUGAUGGCUUGUUGACUAUCAAAUGCAAUGACUGCUCUUAUUAGAUUAAUGUUAUCUUCCGCUGUAACUUAAUCUGUUUAGGUUUAUAUUCAAAAGUUGACAUAGUGACUCCAGUGUGGGGGAUGCGGCUAGUUAUGAUUUUGUAGCUAGGUUAUUCUUCCAUUUGCUUUUUUCUCAGUGCUGUUACCAUUCCAAUUGUGCAUUGUAGCAUCCUUUUAGUGUGUUUGUCCUCAAACCUAGCUCAGAAGAUUCAUUUAUUAUGAUGUUGGAAGAUGGCACAGCUUUUUUUCUAUGAAUGUGCAAAUCGUAUUGAGCUACCUUUUGAAUCG